UCCCUGCCAUCUGUUGCAUCGAAACUUGCUAGUCUUUCUGCGACCGGUUGCCAAUGGCUGUUUCUAGCUGACCACGCUACCAUAGAAUGCCUUGAUCGUACUAUCGUACUAUCAGUCUAUCAGUCUAUCAGUCUACCUGUCUAUCAGGUCUUCCACCAAGAAUCUCUAAUCUUAUCGUCGCUAGCCAUGUUCCACACGUUUGAAGGCUUCGAGAACCCCGGACUGUCGAAUCCGACCCGGGGGCGCAAUCAGCGUCAACCCUCCGUUGGCCGUCGAGUCACCACCCUUCGGGCUUGCACGUCUUGCCGGCAUCGCAAGAUCAAAUGUGAUGGCGAAAAACCAUGCGAAGCAUGCAGGUGGUACAAGAAGGCCGAUCAGUGCCAGUAUUCCGACCCUCGUCCGUCGCGCAGACACGUGGAGAAACUGUCGACUACAUUGGACGAGUUCCGCGGGGUGCUCGAGAAGCUGUUCCCCGGAUUCCCAGCUGAGACCCUGGUGAACUUGCCACGCGAGAAACUACUAGACUUGGUGGGUAAGGGUCCAUCGCAUGUGCAGACGCAGCCGCCACAUCCAGCCUCCCCGGCCACUUCUGCAUCGGCCGAGGCCCACACAUCCCCGGCUUCCAGUGAGGAUGGCAAUCUCGAGUCCCUCCAGACCAUCCCCGACCACACCAGCCCUCUACGCCCGCUGAGAACCCCAGCGUUUCCGAGUGGCAUCUCGGAUGAUGUCAAUGCCUUGUCCCUGUCGGCUCAGCAGCCAUCCUCAUACUUAGGUGUGUCUUCAAUACAUGCGGUGCUCAAGGUCAUCGUAUGGUUGGACCCUGGAUCCCUCACCCACCUUUCACGCACUCCAGCCCAUGGUGGUCGGAGAGGAUCCAUUGACCUCUCUUCUUCUCCAGGCAGCCAGCACUGGCCGGUCCAUGGGUUCCAGCCGCGCCUCGCGACGCCCGAGUCCCGACGAGCGUCGGAAUCCCAAUUGCUGGACGCUUACUUUACUUACGUUCAACCCUUUGUGCCAUUGUUGGAUGAACCGGCCUUCCGCGAAACCUACCACAGUGGGAGGCGGAGCGAUGAACAGUGGCUGGCUUUGCUGAACAUUGUCCUUGCCCUGGGCAGCAUAGCAGCCUGUCCGGCGCACGACACGUCGCAUCAGACUUACUUUCUGAAGUGUAAGGAGCUCGUCAAUCUGGAGUGUCUGGGCUCUUCGCAGUUGGAGACCAUCCAGACCCUGGGUCUCAUGGGGGGCUAUUAUCUGCAUUACACGAGCCAGCCCAACCUAGCAUAUGCGAUCAUGGGGGCCGCCUUGCGGAUGGCAGCGGCACUGGGCCUCCACAAAGAGCUCUCCGACAGCCAGACUGGGGGGAGCCGACAAAGACAAUCGUCCACCGACCAGAAGCGCCGCGUGUGGUGGUCGCUGUUUUGUCUGGAUACGUGGGGGGGGAUGACCCUCGGGCGACCCAGCAUGGGCCGUCUGGGGCCGACCAUCACUGUCAAGCUGCCACAUUAUCGCGAAAAGGGAAAUGUACUGGAUAUUCUACCCCUCCUGGAGAACGUGCGCUUCUGCAAGAUCGCCACUCAGAUCCAAGAAGUGCUGGCGGCGUCGCCGCUGACCAAGUUCCAUGAGAUGACGCAGCUGGACAGCCAGCUGCUGGAAUGGUACGAGAACCUUCCCUAUAUCCUCAAAGACCACGAGCCGUGCUCCGAAGCCAUCGCGUUCACGCGGACGGUGAUGAAGUGGCGGUACUACAACCAGCGCAUGCUCCUGUACCGGCCGACCCUCCUCAGCUAUGCGAUGCGGCGGGUUCCGUACAUUGUGCUCCGCUCCGAGGAGCGGCUGGCGAUCGAGCGGUGUCGCGAGAUCGCCGAGAUGACGAUCCAGGACAUCGCGACCAAGGCGCAGGACCAUCAGAUGUCCGGGUGGAACGCGGUCUGGCUGAUCUUCCAGGCGGCCAUGGUUCCGCUGCUGGGCCUGUUCCUGAACGACGGCACGGUGGACGACCCCCGCGCGACCGUGGAGGCCUGCCAGGCGCAGGUGGAGACGACCAUGCUCGUGCUGGCGCGGCUGCAGUCGUGGAGCCCCACGGCGAAGUCGACGUUGGACGCGGUGUCGCGCCUGUUCGAGGCCAGCAAGCGCAACUCGGCCUUGCUCAGUGCCGCCAGCAGCAUCGACAGCGGCAGCUGUUCGAACCUCUGCGACGGAGGAGGGGGGAUGCCCGGGGCGGCGGCGGCGGCGGCCGGCGCCGGGGGACUGCUACCGCCGGGGGUCCUGGUGAGUCUGGAGAAUGGGUUUUUGGAUCCGUUCGACCCGCCGUUCAUCGACGACUCGGCCGGGCAAUACUUAUGGGAUUUUCUGAGUUGGAGCGACAGCAGCCUGCUGCAGGGGUUUGCGGAGAUCGACAAUGGGGGUGGUAGUUUUGGGGUGCUUGCUGGCCCCGGCCCCGAGGAGAGACAUGUGAAGUACGGUGGAGACCCGAUUCUGCUGGGCGGACAGCUGAACGACUCGACCUUCUUUGUGAAUCCGGCCGCCCCAUUCUACUAAGCUGGUAGUUCUUUCGUUCUGUGAUGUUACAUACCCUUUUUUUUUUUUGG